AUGAUCUUAACGCAGUUGAGUCUUGAUGAAUCACUCAUAUUGGAGCUGCUUUGUACAUCAAGUGCUGAUGUUCCUAUCAAGGCUCGGCAGUUGCUGAAGGAGAAUAUGCCGGCGGGGCAUGAUAUGAACUCGUUAGCUGCUUAUCUUCAAACAAGCCGGCAGUCUUACACAAUGCAAGGAUUGCGGUUGCGUGUCGAGCAAGAUGCAGGUAAACGAGAUCCAAUCAGCUUCAUUCAUUUAUCCAAUCUCUUGAUGAAAGUUUGA